UUUUACAGAGCUCUAUAGUGCUCAGGAGUCCUCUGUGUGCGUCUUUACUUUCUCUUACUGAAGUGGAUUCUUCUUUUAAACACACUUAUGAUGGAGGACAGACAGACAAAACAGGCUGUUGUGAUAGCAGAUGAUUGGCCAGGUUAUGAAUUAGAGCUGUUCACGUAUCCUGAGCAUUACCGUGGUGAUUUGGAGUGUUUGUACAUCCCUCACGGCAUCAUCAUGGACAGGAUCGAGUGUUUAGCCAGAAAUAUCCUGGAGGACAUGGGUCACGAUAACCUGAUGGUUCUGUGUGUUCUGAAAGGAGGCUAUAAGUUCUGUGCUGACUUGGUGGAGUCCAUUAAGGCCCAGAGCCGGAGUUCUGAUCGUCCCAUCACCACCCGUGUGGAGUUCAUCCGCCUCAAGAGCUACCUGAACGACUGCUCCACUGAAGACCUGCACAUCAUCGGUCCUGAGGAUCUCUCUAUGCUGAAAGGAAAAAAUGUCCUGAUUGUUGAGGCCAUAGUGGACACGGGGAAGACCAUGAAGAUGCUUCUGCAGCAUGUGGAGAGGUUCCAACCCAAGACUGUCAAAGUGGUCGGGUUGCUGGUAAAGCAGAUUCCCAGUGGAGCUGCAACACUUCCAGACUAUGUUGGAUUUAUCAUCCCUAAUCGCUUCGUUGUUGGUUACGCUCUGGAUUACAAUGAAUACUUUCGAGACCUGAAUCACAUCUGUGUGAUCAGUGAAAUGGGGAAGCUGAAGUAUAAGUUGUGA